AUGGGAGACAUGGAGUUCGCUAAAGCUCAUAAUUCUACAAUUUUUCUUGAAGAUCCUCCUGCAACCCACAGUGACUUGAAAUUCAUUGUGGAUGGUUUGAAUAAAUCAUGCUUGGUUCAUUACUUAACUACAAAUCCUGCUAUCUACCAAAGUUUGAUUAAGGAUUUAUGGAGAAAUGCUGGUGUAAAGAAGAAUGAUCGAGGUGAAAAAUUUCUAGAAACAACAAUCGAAGACAAGAAAAUUCUAGUAACAAAAAGCAUCAUCAAAAAAUCUCUUCAAAUUGAGGACAGACCUGAGUACCCCUUGGAGAUUGACGUUCAUCAAAUUGAGGAAAUUUUAGAGCAUAUGGGAUACGAAGGAACUUUUCCUCAUACAAUCAAAAAGCUGCUUCCUCCAUGCUGGAAGCUUUUGGCUCAUAUGUUCGUGAGUUGCAUUUCUGGCUGGAGAUCAGGAGCUAACGAGAUUUCUCUAGCCAACACUGGUGCUAUUGCUACAUCGGCGGCAGAGGAUGUCAGAGAAGAAUCAGCAGAUCAAUCCAUGCCGAUGGAAAAUGAAGAUAUUUCUCUCUUCCCCUCUGAGCCUGAAGUGGAGGAGAUUCAUCACUCUCCCGCAGCUUGUGUAGCUGAUGAGCAUGAUUAUAAGAAAGCAAAUGAUUCAAAAUCUUCUCGAGGGGAUGAUGACGAUGAUCUUUAUGAAGAUGUGGAGUUUUUGAAAGAAAUCGACUUUAUAGGAAUUAAUGAUGACAUUCCAACAAACAUAGAGUUUGAUUUCGGUGAUAAAGAUUUUGAUCCUUUUAUUGAUAUUCCCAGCAGCCGUGUAAAUAAAACUUCUCAAACCUCCAUAAGAACAAGACAAUCUCUUGAAAGUCUGGAGGUACCCUCUAUAAAAUGUGCUCCUCAAGUUAUUUCGACAAUCACUGCAACCACUGCUCACUCUCCUUCAAAGCAGACUGAUGAAGGUCCAAGCACCAUGUUCGAGACUGGUGGAUCCUCUUCUAUUCCAGGAUAUUCUCCAACAUGA